UGACUCAGAGGUGUGGGUAGCUGUGACUCUUGUCAUGGAGGGGCCUGAGGCAGGGUCCUGGGGCCUGUGUGCCUUCACGCCAUAAUGCUGGCAGAACUGAUAUUUCUCUUUAGGAGUCUCCAUGGGAUACUUGCCUCCUCAGGCACCAUAGGCGCAGUGGCAAUUUGGCUGAUGAGCUGUAAGCCAGUCUUGUUUGGGUUCCUAUUCCUUCUGCUGUUGCUUAGCAACUGGCUGGUCAAGCAUGAACACAAGCUCACCCUCCCAGAGCCCCAGCAGAAGGAAGAAGAGAAACCAAAGGCUUCCGAAAACGACUCCAAGAACAAGGCCAAGAACAUGAAAGAAGUUGAGAGAAUGCAUUCCUGCUUUGCCCUCCAGGAAAAGGUCCUCCAACGGCUUCUGUUCAGCGAAAUGAAGCUGAAGGUCCUAGAGGAUCAGAUGUUCAUCAUAUGGAAUAAAAUGAAUCACCACAGGCGGUCAAGCAGACAUCAGAAUUUUCCCACGAAGAAACACAGAAUGAGGAGGCAUGAGUCGAUUUGCCCCACCCUGUCUGACUGUACUUCCAGUUCCCCCAGCUAAUGAGGCCAAGAUGGGCUGGCCUCUGCGGAUGUUAUCUUGACUCAGUAAAACCCAGUCACAGCCUA